UACUAGCGAAGCACUCACUAUAAAAUACAUAUUACAACUCCUGUGAUUCAGGCAAAGCACUACUAGUACAUUUCCAGAGAGAAAGUUUAGAAAACAAUGGGGGCCUGUGCAACCAAACCAAAGGCAGAUGCUACCGAUGUUCCCGCACCCCUACCGGAGAAAGAUGAGGUUGAGAAGAAGGAACUCACUGUUGUUGGCUCAGUUAUCGAGACCAAGGAGUUUGUUGAUGCUGACAAGUCAAGGUCUCUCAGUAAUCUUUUCAAACAGAGUGAAGAAGUGAAAGGCUCGACUGGAACUCACUCAACACCGACAGAAAUGGUGAAAGAGGAGGCAUGUGAAGCUGAAGAAGGCACAGAUGUUUCUGAAACUAAGACAAUUGAAGUUAUAAAAUCUGAAAUAUCAGCAGAAACAACUAUAACACCAACUGUUGUUCCUGUUUUUGAAGCAGAAAAAGCAAUUGAAGUAGAAGCAGCUACCGAUAAAUUUGAAAUUUCAUUAGAGAAAACAGCAAUGCCAAUUGCCGAUGCUCCUGCUUUGGUGAAACCGGAAGAAUCAAUAGAAGUCGAAACAGCUAAAGAAGAGACUGAAACUUUGGAAGAAAAAACAUCAACACUCACUAGUCAUGUUCCUGUCGACGAUGGAGCCGAGAAAGAUAUUGACGCAGCAUUAGCCACUGAGAACCAAGAAACACUUGCAAUUGAAGAUAAAAAGAUUGAUGAACAUGACAAAGGCAUAGAAACUCCAAUAUCAGAAUCAGUUGUAGAGGUUGAUAGCAGUAAAACUGAGUUUGUUGAAGACGGAACAUCUUCCCCAGUUGUGUAUGCUCAUGUUGAAGCAGACACUAAGAUUGAGGCAGCCGCUAAUGAAACCCAAAUAGCAGAGGCAGUCGAGGAAAAAAAAAUUGAGGAACAUGAGGAAGUCGAAGAAACACUGAACCCUGAAUCACCUAAGAACACUGGAGAAGAAAGCAAGGAAGCUACAGAACUUGAAAAACCAGCAAUAUUACCUGAAAAGGAGAACCAAGAUUCUAAAAUAGAAGAAGAAAUAGCAGUCACUGAAAACCAGAAGCCUCCAGAGGAGACAACAACAGAAACUGAAGUAGCUGCUGAGAUUGUCAAACCAUGACAGAUAAAGCCUUGAAGAUGAUGUCAAAUUUAAUUUCUUUUGGAAUAUAUAUCAUAUACUUUUGCCGAACAUGAGUCUGUUGAAGUUGCUUACAAGUGCAGUUGAACUGAUUGCAGGGUGCUGCUGUUGUGAUACUUUUUUCCUGUUGAUUGAUUGCUGUCAUUUCUGUUCGCUUCCGAGUUUUUAGUAAGCUGGUAGGUUAUUACGUGUUUUUGUUACAUAUAGUUUUCUUAGUGCAGUAAUGCGAUCAUGACUUGUGCAUCUGAUGUUUUCUUGACAAUUAUAUUACUUGUCAAUGUAUGAAAACUAAAUGAAGGUUAA